AUGGAACCUAUUCCGGAGGAAGAUCACGACCUCGCUUCAUUUUCACCUGCACAUUCUGUUAAGCAUGAAAAGAAGUCUCGAUUAACGGAAGUGUAUACAUCUGAACAAGUAGACACUCUUGUAAGCACAGUACCUCAAUCAUCAGUACCGAAUACAUGGAAGCUAAGGAAGAAAGAUGAACUAACACAUUCAGUUAUCCCUUCAACACAUUUGUCCGAAGCAUUAUCUGGGUCAACUAGUGCACGCGGCUCGACGUAUUCUUAUACUUAUGAAUCGCAUUAUGAUGAACCUCCCGAUGAAGCACUACCCGGUGUUUGUUUUCUAAAUAAAGAAUUUAAUGGUGACAUUGAGCGGCAUUCAUCUCAAACAAAAAAAAUAACUCGCGUUACAAAAGUAACAACAACCAGAUCGGUGCGCCAUUUACCAGUUGCUGAUGAAGAAGUUGAAUAUUUUUUUGAUGCUGAUGGAAGUCCAUUACCGUUUACACGUAUUACUCAGCCGUAUGAACAUGAUGAAGAUAGUUCCUUCCAACAUGACGUUGAUUAUGAUGCACCACCACCCGCACCAAGUUCUUUUAAUGAAGCUGAACAUUGUGCUUCACGGGAUGUUCCAAAUGCUCCAGGCGUUCCAGAGAUUACUGAUGUGACUAGCUAUGAUAUUGGUUUGACAUGGCGGUGUCCAGAUAUGCAAGGGAGAGCUGGCUCUGUUAUUGGUUAUCAGGUUGAAAUACGUGGGGUUGGAACUUCUGAAUGGUAUCUCUCUCAUGAAGGUCUGAUCAAAGGAAACAGGUUUAGAAUAAAAGAUCUCAAUCCGAAAGUCGAAUAUGAAAUAAGAGUCGUUGCUGUUAAUUCGGCAGGUCGUGGUGUACCUUCAGCCACUUCACAAAGUGUGCAACUGAGAUUGGAUUAUGAUUCACAUUCUGAUUUUAAUAGUUGGAGAGGAACGGCUCCUGGUCGACCUUACGUGUUGCUGCUUGAUUCUGAUCGCAUUGUGUUGGAGUGGGCGCCAGCAAUGGCAAAUCCUGGAUCUGCACCCGUUGCUGGUUAUGAGGUUAGUUAUCGUGCAGAUGGCAGUGACUGGAUGCAGUCAAAUGAUUAUCUUAUAACAGCAUGCAGAACUGAAGUACUGAAUUUGAAGCCGAAUGGAGAAUACGAAUUUCGAGUGAUGGCGAAAACUGCUGAUGGGCCGUCUAAACCAAGUCCGUCGUCUGGUUUUAUUCGACUGAAACCGCCUGUUCCAUCUCGCAUUCCACCUACAACAAAGGCAGAAAGUAGCUUUUCUCCUCCUGGACAACCACAGAUAGAGGAGCUUGAAUUGAACUGGGUACGCCUGCAUUGGACAGAAGGUGGAUCACCAGAUAAUCCACCGGCAUCAUAUAUUGUUGAAUAUCGGGAAGUUGGUGACCCGCUCUGGUAUACCGCUACAACGACUGUCUAUAUCACGUCCUAUACCGUGGAAUGCCUCCGUCCAAAUUCCACUUACGAAUUCCGCGUAGUUGCACGUGCUCGUGAUGGUAAUGUAUCUGCACCUUCAGUAGUUUCUGAUGUUAUACAACUACGACCGUCCAUCAGAUCUGGAGUCUUGCACGAAGUUCCAGCAAAACCGCAACCACCAGAAUAUGUAGAUUUCUGUGACAGCGACCGUGUAACACUCUGCUGGUUUCCAGCUGCGAGUUCUUUACCAAUACAGGGCUAUGAUGUUGAAUUCCGAGAUCAUCAGCAGGAUGCUGCUUGGUACAAGGUUAAUGAAAUGCUUAUUCGCUCCUGCAAAAUGACAGUUGGUGAUCUCAUACCAGGUCAUGAGUACCAGUUUCGCGUUAUAGCAUGUAAUUCUAUUGGAUACUCAGUACCUUCAGAUCCUUCUCCUGGAGUACACAUAGGAAUACCUUGCAAUGGCAACGAGUGUUAUGUGGAAAAAGCAAGUUAUGGAGCUGUUCCGUUGCUUCAAGAUGAAAUUGUACGCGAAUCGCCACCUCUGCCUGAUCGUGAUGAUUCUCCACCACCGAUACACAGAAAAUUUCUUCGUGCAAGAGACGGUUUACACUGGAGAGAUCCAACGCUGAGGGAGGUGAUUGAGUAUUUGGACAGUGCAAACAAGGUCGAACAACUCAAUGCGUCUGGCUACUUGCAGCAUUUAACUUAUAAUGAUAAUGCUAUUAAGGAAGAAACGAGAGAAUUAGAUGGUAUUCCGAGACUUGUUCGUUUACUUGGUAGUGAUGUACCCGAUAUACAAAAAAACGUUUGCGGUUGCUUGAAAAAUCUAUCAUUCGGGAAAGAAAAUGAUGAAAAUAAGCGUGCUAUUAAUAACGCAGGUGGAAUUAUUGCUUUAGCGGCUUUAUUGAGGCACACUCACGAUGCACAAGUGAUGGAAGAAGUCACUGCUACUCUGUGGAAUCUCUCAAGCUGUGAUGAGUUGAAACCAAUAAUACUUAGUCAAGUUUCGGAGCCAAUAAAUCAACGUAUUGUUAUACCUGGUUCUGGAUUGACUGAGAGUAAUGCGGAAAGUGGAAGCAAUAUAUCACAUAGUAUCAAUAUGUUUAAAAACGGAACUGGCAUUUUCAGGAAUGUUUCGGCUGCUUCCUCAAGUGCCCGAAAAAUACUUCGUGGAUGUCCUGGUUUGGUCGAAAGUCUCGUACACUAUUUGCACCAUGCAGUUUCAAGAAACCAGAUUGAUGCACGUACCGUCGAAAAUGUUGUGUGCACUUUGCGUAACCUCAGUUACCGAAUCCAAGAAGUAAAGGACAAGAAUUACGAUCCCAAAGCUGAUUUUGAAGCUACGCAACGGGAGCGCGGUAAAUCAGCUCCUUCAGAAAGUCCCAAAAACAAGAAAAAAGAAUCUAGUAAAAAGAAGAAAAUCGGACAGCAUACUGCAGUAAAUGUUUCAGAAAGUAUGGUGGGAGCAGAAUUAUUAUGGCAGCCGCAGCUGGUGAAAUUAUAUCUCAAGUUGCUACAGGAAACGUCGAACCCUGAAAUUCUGGAGGCAUCUGCUGGUGCAAUACAGAACCUUGCUGCCUGCCAGUUCGAGCCAUCAGUUAAUGUCAGGACCUGUAUACGCACAGAAAAAGGUUUGCCUGUGCUUGUGGAACUAUUAAGACUGAAUGACGACAAAGUUGUUUGCGCUGUAACAACAGCUUUACGAAACCUGUCGCUUGAUCAGCGAAAUCGCGAACUGAUCGGUAAAUAUGCAAUGAAAGAUCUAGUGGCAAAGCUGCCUCGAGCUGACCAACGAUUUCGAGAUCCAAAUGUGAGCGAUGCAACAAUUGGAGCAAUUUUGGGCAUAUUAUUUGAAACUGUCAAGCAUUCUGCAGACUUUACAAGAAAUAUUCACGAAUGUGGAGGAACUGACCGACUACGAAAUUUAGCCAGUUCACAUCCUAUGUACAGCAGUCGCAUUUGUAAAUAUGCAUCACAGGUUCUUUACUUGAUGUGGCAGCACAAAGAACUUCAUGAUGGCUUCAAGCGAAGCGGUUUAAAAGAAUCAGACUUCUAUUCGGGAACAACAAUUCGCGCCCGUGAUACAACAACACUUUCUCGACCAAUAUCAUCGCAAGGCGCUGAGCGGCCAACACAUUUAAAAAGUGAAAAUCUCGAUGACAAUGCGAACGCAUGCGGUAUCGGGCGAUAUGAUACACUGGAUAGUAGGGCUGGUGAACCACUAUACGCUUCGGUACACAAGCGCAGUGAACGUUGCGGCUCAACGGGUGGUGAUAGUUGGGUGUGA